AUUACAGGCAUGAGCCACCGUGCCCGCCCUGAAUUAAGAAUGCUGCUAGGAAACGAGGUCCCAGGGCUGGGGCAAAAACCACUCAGGAGCUGCAGAUUUGUCUGUCUGCCAGGGGACAGUACUCCCUAGCCCAGCUGGUCUGUCUGUUCAGCCUGUGGCAGAGUGCCUGAGAGGGGAGUGCUUGGCUCUGCCUGUGUGUAGGGCCGCCCAACCAGCCCACCAUGCAGUUGGAAGACUUUGCAGCUGAUGCUUUUGGCAGCUGAGGGGCUCCUUGGAGGCUGGGCUGGGCCAGACUGGGUGUCGGGGCUGGCCUCAGUUGCAGGAUAUUUUGAGGGUGCAGACAGUAGGAUGGUCUUACUGCCUGAGCUCUUUCCUGCCCUUUGGGAGGGCCAAGCUAGAGCUAUUUGCUACCAAACACCUUUUUCCUAUUAACUAAGCAUACCGCCCAGCUGGGCAGGAACAGGCUGAGGACCUGACAAGCAGGGAGCCAGGCUCCUGCCAACAACCAAAGAUUCCCCAUUUCUAAAGGAUGGAAAGAGCCCCUGGGAGGUGACCGAGGCCACAGCCAGCCCCUCCCUGUUCAGCAUUGAAGAAUGACACGCAUUACAGAGCUCUGGAGCAGCCCGCAGUGGAAAGUUGGAGCUGAGGUGUGUGGCAGGCAGAUGAGGGAGCAGAGAACUGCUGAACAUCGUGAGACUCAGAGGACGUGGUUGAGCAUGGCUGCGACCCUGCAGUUCCUGGCUUGCCUGGUGGUAGCCUUUUGUCUCCUCUCUGGUGUGACUACAACCCAGCACCAUGCAGGGCAGCCCAUGGACAGCACCAGCGUGGGAGGUGGCCUACAGGAGCCAGAGGCCCCGGAAGUGAUGUUUGAGGUCUUUCCUCCCAGCCUGGGACAUGGGGGUGGGCAUGUCCAGAGGUCCCUAAGCUCAGGGUUGGGAAGGGGGAUGUCUCAGGGUGGACCUGCUAGGGUUGGGGGGGGGGCAAGCCAGCAUGGGUCCUGCUGCCUGCUUCUGCCCCUUCCCCCAGCCCACUCUUGCUCCCUGCCCUGCUCCCCAGGCCACGGCCCACCCCUUACAUGGCUCCCCUUGCAGCUGCUCUGGGCUGGGCUGGAGCUGGAUGUCAUGGGGCAGCUGCACAUCCAGGAUGAGGAACUAGCGUCCACACACCCAGGCCGCCGACUCAGGCUCCUCCUGCAGCACCACGUGCCCAGUGACUUGAAGGGCGCUGAGCAGCGGCUGCAGCAGCUCCAGGACCUGCGGAAGGGGCCGCCUCUUAGCACUUGGGACUUUGAACAUCUGCUCCUCACAGGCCUGUCCUGCGUCUACCGGCUCCACGCAGCUAGUGAGGCUGAGGAACGGGGCCGCUGGGCCCAGGUCUUCGCUCUCCUGGCACAGGAAGCACUCUGGGACCUGUGCAAGGGUUUCUGCCCCCGGGACCAGCCCCCUUCCCUGGGGUCCUGGGCCUCCAUCCUUGACCCCUUCCCCUGACCCUCCCCUUUUGUUCUUUCACCUGCCAUUACCCCCUCCCAUCUCCUCCUCAACCCACCCAGGCAGACCCAUCUUGGGCAGGGGCUUCUGUCUGGCAUCUGAUUCUUUCCACUGUGUUCAGAUCUCUGGGCUUGGCUUGCACCCUGGACACCCCCUCUCUGCUUACCCCGACCCAAUCUUGUUUCCUGGAUCUUGAGAGGCUAAGAACCCAGGCUUUGGGUCGAAAGGAGUGCUCGAGGAGUGGGCACAGAGCUAAGGGCACGACUUGCAGGCAGUGUGUGUGCGCGUGUGUGUGUGUGUGUGUGUGUUGAGAUCAGGGGUCAGGGUUGAGAAGUGUGUUCAAGAGAUGCUGAAGGGAAGCUGCCCCAAGUAAGGCCUGGUCAGACCUCCCAACUCCUACCCUGGCAGUCUGUGACAGGUCCUGUGGAAUUCACUGGAAUCCUCUAGGUGCUGAGCACCCCCUUUUAGGCACAACCAAGGAUCUGGGGUCCCUGAGCCUCCAAGUUCCCAUCUGGGUUGGGAGAACCGACUUUCUGAGUUCUGUCUGUUGGAGGCGUGGAGGGAAGCAGGCGGAGGGAGGGACAUUCUCUCUUUUGGGGUAGGGAGGCAGUAUCUCAACAAGUGUCGGGUGAGCACCUCAGAGGGGGAGUAAGGCUGGGAGACCAAGGAGAGACAAGCGGAGGUGGGCUGGAGCAGGUGCGGCCCUGAUUCUGUGUUGCUCUUCUCAUAAAAUGUUCUGUUUCGGCCUCCUGGAGCCUGUGUCAUUCUGUGUCGGAAUAAGCGUCUAACCCCUGCUCUG